AUGUCCCUGUCACUGAGUGCUAAACACCAGAGACAGCGACAUCCUGCAAUGUCCCAGCCACUGAGUGCUAAACACCAGAGACAGCGAUAUCCUGCAAUCUCCCUGCCACUGAGUGCUAAACACCAGAGACAGCGAUAUCCUGCCGGUGAGUUCUAAUUCCAGUCCGAGUACCUACCCCUCCGAACUGGAAACGAACAGCAUUGUCAGAGCACCGGAAGUAAUACCUGUUACCAUAGCAACCGUGUCUGCAGGUCAGUAAACCUCAAUAUUACCAACACUGUGUGACACUAUAUGGGGGUUACAGGAUAAUAUCUGGGGUGCAGGCACUGUGUGACACUAUAUGGGGGUUAGAGGAUAAUAUCUGGGGUGCAGGCAGUGUGUGACACUAUAUGGGGGUUACAGGAUAAUAUCUGGGGUGCAGGCAGUGUGUGACACUAUAUGGGGGUUAGAGGAUAAUAUCUGGGGUGCACGCACUGUGUGACACUAUAUGGGGGUUACAGGAUAAUAUCUGGGGUGCAGGAACUGUGUGACACUAUAUGGGGGUUAGAGGAUAAUAUCUGGGGUGCAGGCACUGUGUGACACUAUAUGGGGGUUAGAGGAUAAUAUCUGGGGUGCAGGCACUGUGUGACACUAUAUGGGGGUUACAGGAUAAUAUCUGGGGUGCAGGCACUGUGUGACACUAUAUGGGGGUUACAGGAUAAUAUCUGGGGUGCAGGCACUGUGUGACACUAUAUGGGGGUUACAGGAUAAUAUCUGGGGUGCAGGCACUGUGUGACACUAUAUGGGGGUUACAGGAUAAUACAGGAUAAUAUCUGGGGUGCAGGCACUGUGUGACAUUAUAUGGGGGUUACAGGAUAAUAUCUGGGGUGCAGGCACUGUGUGACACUAUAUGGGGGUUACAGGAUAAUAUCUGGGGUGCAGGCACUGUGUGACACUAUAUGGGGGUUACAGGAUAAUAUCUGGGGUGCAGGCACUGUGUGACACUAUAUGGGGGUUACAGGAUAAUAUCUGGGGUGCAGGCACUGUGUGACACUAUAUGGGGGUUACAGGAUAAUAUCUGGGGUGCAGGCACUGUGUGACACUAUAUGGGGGUUACAGGAUAAUAUCUGGGGUGCAGGCACUGUGUGACAUUAUAUGGGGGUUACAGGAUAAUAUCUGGGGUGCACGCACUGUGUGACACUAUAUGGGGGUUACAGGAUAAUAUCUGGGGUGCAGGCACUGUGUGACACUAUAUGGGGGUUACAGGAUAAUAUCUGGGGUGCAGGCACUGUGUGACACUAUAUGGGGGUUACAGGAUAAUAUCUGGGGUGCAGGCACUGUGUGACACUAUAUGGGGGUUACAGGAUAAUAUCUGGGGUGCACGCACUGUGUGACACUAUAUGGGGGUUACAGGAUAAUAUCUGGGGUGCAGGCACUGUGUGACACUAUAUGGGGGUUACAGGAUAAUAUCUGGGGUGCAGGCACUGUGUGACACUAUAUGGGGGUUACAGGAUAAUAUCUGGGGUGCAGGCACUGUGUGACACUAUAUGGGGGUUACAGGAUAAUAUCUGGGGUGCAGGCACUGUGUGACACUAUAUGGGGGUUACAGGAUAAUAUCUGGGGUGCAGGCAGUGUGUGACAUUAUAUGGGGGUUACAGGAUAAUAUCUGGGGUGCACACUGUGUGACAUUAUAUGGGGUUACAGGAUAAUAUCUGGGGUGCAGGCACUGUGUGACACUAUAUGAGGGUUACAGGAUAUCUGGGGUGCACGCACUGUGUGUCAUUAUAUGGGGGUUACAGGAUAAUAUCUGGGGUGCACGCACUGUGUGACACUAUAUGAGGGUUACAGGAUAAUAUCUGGGGUACAGGCACUGUGUGACACUAUAUGGGGGUUACAGGAUAAUAUCUGGGGUGCAGGCACUGUGUGACACUAUAUGGGGGUUACAGGAUAAUAUCUGGGGUGCAGGCACUGUGUGACAUUAUAUGGGGGUUACAGGAUAAUAUCUGGGGUGCACGCACUGUGUGACAUUAUAUGGGGGUUACAGGACAAUAUCUGGGGUGCACGCACUGUGUGACAUUAUAUGGGGGUUACAGGAUAAUAUCUGGGGUGCAGGCACUGUGUGACAUUAUAUGGCGGUUACAGGAUAAUAUCUGGGGUGCACGCACUGUGUGACAUAAUAUGUGGGGUGAACGCAUUGUGUGACAUUUGGUGGUUACAGGAUUAAAUCUGGCAGCCACUAGAGGCACGUCGUGGCACUGACCCAGUAAUACUCUGUAAUGUGGUAAGGAAACUCAUAGGACAGCAUUGGAUUUUGUGCUUUGCUAUGAGAAACAUUGAGGCGUACAUCUCAUCUUGAAUUGGACCAUCGCCGCAGGAGCCUAUUCCUCCUUUAUUACGAUGUGUGUGGGGGGAGACGUGACCAGACCCGAGGGAACUAGGUGCUGGAAAAAGGAGCCUAAAGCUUUAUUUUGUACAUUUUAAUGGAAAGCGUGGGUCUGUAUACAACUAGGGACAGUGGUACUAUGGUGCUAGGAACACCAUUUUGUAUUGCUAACGCCAUCGUGUUGAUUAGUAUUGAGCCCAUGCUGAGAUACCUUUGUAACAUAUCUGUGCAUUUCAGAAUACAGCAUGGCUGAAGGGGAACAGCUCAUCUCCCUGGAUUAUGAAGUGUUUGGGAAGGUUCAGGGAGUUUUCUUCCGCAAGCACACUCAGGUAAUAUAUCUCUGUCUGAAACAAAGCCACCAUUCAGUACGAUAGCAUGGGAAUGAAUCUUAGUACAGACACAAUGAAACCUAUCUACCUCCAUAACCACAGACAGACAUAACCAGAGUCAUUCAGUUUACCUCAAUAUAUAACCAAAAUCCAUCUACCUCAAUAUACACAGACAGAGAUGCACACAAUCCAUCUACCUGUAUAUACACAGACAGAGAUACACACAGUCCAUCUACCUCUAUAUACACAGACAGAGAUGCACACAAUCCAUCUAUCUAUAUAUAUAUAUAUAUAUAUAUAUAUAUAUAUAUAUAUAUAUAUAUAUAUAUAUAUAUAUAUAUAUAUAUAUAUAUAUAUAUAUAUAUACACACAUACGCUCAGCCACCUACAUUUUGUUUGCCCUGUCUUUGUCACUCUAGGCACAGGGAGAACGCCUGGGUCUGGUGGGCUGGGUUCAGAACACUGACAGCGGAACAGUUAGGGGGCAGCUUCAAGGCCCAAGCAGCAAAGUACGAGAGAUGCAGGAAUGGUUACAGAAGAAAGGAAGUCCAAAAUCCAAAAUCACCAAAGUGCAUUUCCAGAAUGAAGAGAAGAUCCUGCGCGUUGAGCACAGUGCCUUCACCAUUCACAAGUGAUACUAUCCAGUACUCCGAGAGUUAACUGCCCUACAGUCCACCAGGGUUUAAUCAACUGCUCUUCACACUCCAUUGUUUUAAGCAGAGGUGCUGUCCUCCAGGCUCAAUAAAACUCUGCAGUUCUCACUGGUUUCCACUAAACUCAGAUUAUUAUCUUAAUAAACCAAAAUGGCAAAUCUGAGGGUAAACUAGCCAGUCUGCAACUAAUACUGAGUUAGAUAUGUUUCCAAAUUUGCUAGUUUUGGCUCAGUUUUUCCAUUUCCAUUUAAUUUGCUAAAAUGGUGCUUAGUGAAUAAAACAUUAAGGGUAAAUGCAGUUAUAAUCUUCCUGGUGUUAAUAAAGAAUUGGAGUCCACUAUAGGUUAAUAAAAACAUUACAGUUGUGGAAGGGUUAAUGCAGAGCUUGCACUCUUUGUGUAUAUUGACGUGUUCACAGGGGCUGCAUGUUUGCUAUGUGGCAUGGACUUAGUGUUGCAUGCAUAUACAACUUGUCAUGCCUUUAUUCAUGUUUUGGUGGUAUAUUUAUUACUUCGGGCUUCUUGUUUCCAUCAUCAAAGGAGACCGCUCACUUGGAAAAUUGUACAGUAAACUAUAGUUAAAGAUUA